CCUGCAAAGACCAAGAAACCACUCUCUUGUAUCUCAUGCAAGAUCCGAAAACUAAAAUGUGACCAUCAGAAGCCUGCUUGCACUCGGUGCGUGCGAUUAAACAGCGAGUGUAUCUACCCAGAGGCUAGGCGCAAGCCGACUUUGCAGCGAAGUAACGUCAAGGAACUGGCGGCUAGAUUAGCUCAAGUGGAAGGCUAUCUCAAAGAGGCUGGCAAAAGCGGCCUCAACACUGGGAAAAGUAAUCUUCUUGCUGACCCAGACAGCGAAGAUGGGAGUAGAGACCAACACAGCGCUAUAGCAACAGUUGAAGCAGAUGACGCCGGCUCGCAGCUGCCGAUCGACAUGCCAGGCCUUGACGAUCAAGCUAGCGGUACCUUUAGUAAUGACCAGCUGAUAGAUCUCGGCAUGGCAGAGUCAUUACCGCCCUUUGAAGUAAUAGAAGAGUUACAUAACUGUUUCUUUUCCACACAAUAUCACUAUAUGCCAGCAAUUCACUCCGGUCGUUACUAUAAAGACUUUUAUGGCGCUCCUCUGAGAAAGCCGCCAAUGUGCUUGCAGUAUGCCAUUUGGGCAAUGGGCGCUCUUUGGCAUCCCAAAUACGAUCGAGUCGCCGACGCAUUUUAUAAACGAGCCAGGCAAUAUGCCGAGACUGAUGAAAUGAAGGAUGAAGGAGAACACUUCAUUACGAUACCGCAUGCCCAAGCCUGGGCACUCAUCACUUGCUACGAAGCCAGAGCAAUGUUAUAUACCAGAGCGUCCAUGAGUGCUGCCCGGUGCUGCCGCCUCGUACAAAUGUUGGCUCUUGAUAAGCUCGAUAGCUCAGAUGACAAUUUCCCAGCAACUUUGGGCCCCCCAAGUGACUGGAUUGAAUUGGAAGAGCGGAGGAGAGUCUUUUGGGUAGCCUUCUCAAUUGAUGCCCAGGGAAGCAUAGCGACCGGCUGGCCUAGUCUCAUCCAUCCUGAAGACAUAAUGACUCGACUUCCGGCUAGCGAAGAGGCCUUUGCAUCUGGCCAAGAAGAAAACACCCCCUACCUGGAUGAAGUUCUGAAAGGUGCGCCAUAUGGCGGCUUUAGUGGCUCUAUCAUCCUCAACCACAUCCUAAAAGCCAUCAUGUCACAUGUCCACAUAAUAAAGCCAUCUGAUCACCCUGAAGAUGUGAUGAAUGGAGGGUUUUGGAAGAGGCAUCGCCGUCUAGAUAAUCAACUGUCCUCUCUAUUUAUGUUCAUGCCAGAUAGGUUUCGCCUUCCCGAAAACUUACGAGACCCUCUGGCCACCUAUAUCAACUUGAACUUCCACGCAUCUGUCAUAUGCUUACACCAUGUUGCCCUUGAGAUCAUUGAGAAGCACGGUCUUGAUGGUUCUUUGAGAAAAGACAGCCUGUGUCUUUUAAAGAAUGCUGCUGAGGAGAUUGUUAGCAUUGUAAAGGUGACAUCUCAUCGCUCAUCGUUGUUUAGCAACCCAUUGUGCGCGUUCUCGCUGUACUGUGCUACAACAGUAUACGUGUAUUUGGCUAAACAAGACCCAUCGUCUGAAAUAAAUCCUAACGAUAUGUCCAAUCUGGAACUGAUCAUUAAUGCCAUGGAAGCUGUGGGCCGCAUUCACAUGGUUACAUGCGCAUUCAUGCAGCAAGCAUGUCUUGACAUUGAUAACAACGGCCUCUCCGGAAGAAUUAAGCUCCCUAUACUCUAUCAAUACCGCAAUCUCUUCGGGGGCCCGGCUUCAAACAUUCCACUGCUCGCACGAAGCCCAAUUUCAAGGCAUACGCAAAUGAGC